AUGUCAUCAAAGAGUGAAGUUUGUUGUGAAGUGGCAAUCGAACCAUAUGGGGGAAAAAUUUAUACAGCUGUAAAAUUAACUCAACCAGAUACUAUAAUUAUUUUACGACAUCGUAUUUAUGAACGAGUAGCAAAUCAAUGGGCUGAAGCAGCUUCUGAAGAAUUUGAAGCAGUUGUUAAUAAAGGUUCCGCCAAAAUGGAAACAAUUGAUAAGCGACAGAUGGAAAUACGAACUACAACAGGACGAGUAAUUCGUGAAAUGUCAAACGGAAUGUAUUAUUUUUCAAAUGAUAAUCGUGUAUUAAUAAUGGGUGUACGAUUAAAUGAACCUACCGAAAGUGACAUUCAUAAGUUGGGUUGGUUACGAAAAAAUGAUAAUGCAUGGUUAAUACGUAAUGGAAUUAUAAAAAUUACCGAUUCUCAGCAUAUAACAAUUGAAAAUUGUAAAGAACAACGUUACUUAACUCGAUAUAAUGCGGAAUAUUUUAUAACUUAUGAUGAUCGUAUCAUCGAUCUUGAUCUUGGCUAUCCAGUCGAUCAACAGAACUGGAUUGAAAGAGCAGAAAUUUUAAAUGAUGAUCGAGCAGUACGAAUUACUCAUGCUGAAGGCACCGUAAUACAUGUCAGCGUUAGUAGUGGUACCAGGCCUAUUAUUGUACGACAUGCUUCACAUUUGCUAACGUUUAAUGGAACAAUUCGGAUGGAUGAACAAUCAAAUCGAUUCCUCAAUCUUACAAUAUUGGCAAGUUUGAUAAUUAUUAGAAAUUAA